UGCACUGUAGUUUGCCUCCUGCAAUCUGAACAAUGACUCCACGGCGGUGAUAGCGAGCCCAUAGAAUGCGUUACCCACUACUGGAUAUCUGUGUUUUCUUUCUGUUCCAACGUGGUGUUUAAUGUACAAAUCGUAAGCAUGUGGAUACCGACAGAACACGAGAAAUACGGCGUCGUGCUGGCCAGUUUCCGGGGGACAGUGCAGCACGGCCUGCCGCUGGAGAUCGGGGACACGGUUCAAAUCCUGGAGAAAUGUGAAGGCUGGUACAGAGGCUUCGUCCUCAAGAAUCCUAAUGCAAAGGGCAUUUUUCCGUGCAGCUACAUUCACUUGAAGAAUGCUCACAUCAAGAACAAAGGGCAGUUUGAGACGGUCAUCCCCACGGAGGACUCGGUCAUCACAGAGAUGACCUCCACACUCAGAGAGUGGGGAUCCAUGUGGAAACAGUUAUAUGUGAGGAACGAGGGGGAUCUGUUCCACCGGCUAUGGCACGUGAUGAAUGAGAUCCUGGACCUGAGGAGACAGGUGCUGGUGGGUCACCUGACCCACGACCGCAUGAGGGACGUCAAGCAGCACAUCACCGCGCGACUCGACUGGGGCAACGAGCAGCUGGGUUUGGACCUGGUGCCUAGACGGGAGUUCAGCAUGGUGGACCCAGACGAGAUCAGCGUCACGGAGCUCUACCGCCUGAUGGAGCAUAGGCACCGUAAGAAGGAGACUCCGGUCCCGGCGAGCACGCAUCACCUGUUUGUGCAGGUGAAGAGCUUGUUGAGCUCCAACCUGGGCGAGGAGCUCGACGUCUUCUUGUACAUCUACGACGGUCGCGAGAGCCGCCCCCUCAGUGAGCGUUUCUUUGUGAGGUUGAAUAAAAAUGGACUUCCCAAGUCUCCAGAGAGACAGUGCACCCUCUUUGUGGAUCUGGGAAGCAGUGAUCUGAGGAAGGACGUGUACAUAGUCGCCCACAUUAUAAGAAUAGGCCGUAUGGGAGCCGGAGAGAAGAAGAACCAGAGCACCGUCCAGUACCGCCGGCCGUUUGGCUGUGCUGUGGUCAGCAUCGCCGAUCUCCUCACGGCGGACUGCAAAGACGAUCACCAACUCAAAGUCUAUGCGUGCAACACAGAGAGUGAGUGGUACCAGAUCCACGACAACAUCAUCCGAAAGGUCAACUCCCGCUACAACCUGUCAGGCUCCAACACCGGCCUGUCGGUGUCGAUGCAGCUGCUGCACGGCGAUAUGGAGCAGCUGAGACGGGAGUACAUGGUGCUGUUCACCCGCGGCGUGUCCGUCACCAAGAAGCUCGGCUUCUCCGACAUCAUCAUGCCAGGUGAGAUGCGGAAUGACCUCUACGUCACCUUGGAGAGGGGCGAGUUUGAGAAGGGCGGCAAGAGUGUCGCCCGGAACGUUGAGAUCACCGUCUACGCCCUCGACAUCGACGGACAGAUUCUCAAGGGUCAGGUGGCGGCGGGUGCUGGGGAGCCUGGUGGGGACGAGUACCACUCGUUUGUGCUCUACCACAACAACAGCCCGCGCUGGAGCGAGCAGAUCAAGCUGCCCAUCCCCGUCGACAUGUUCCGGGGCUCACAUGUGCGCUUCGAGUUCAGACACUGCUCCACAAAGGACAAAGGAGAGAAGAAGCUCUUUGGCUUCUCAUACGUGCCACUCAUGCAGGAAGACGGCAGGACAUUACCCGACGGAACCCACGAGCUCAUCAUACAUAAGUGUGAGGACAGCAUGGUCCUGCAGGACCUCACACGCUACCUCAAGCUGCCUUUCUCCAAAGGCAACCUCCCCGGGAACAACCAGGCGGUGAAGGGCAGCAAGGAGUCUUUCUGGAUCACCUCGUUCCUCUGCUCCACCAAGCUCACCCAAAACGGAGACAUGCUUGACCUGCUGAAGUGGAGAGCCCAUCCGGAACGCAUCACUGACAGCCUGUCCAAGCUGAAGGAGAUCGAUGGCUCCGAGAUAGUCAAGUUUCUGCAGGACACACUUGACACUCUGUUUGGCAUUCUGGAUGAAAAUGCACAGAGAUACGGCCUGAAGGUGUUUGACUCCCUCGUGCACAUUAUAAACCUCCUUCAGGACAGCAAGUUCCAGCACUUCAAGCCUGUGAUGGACACUUACAUCGAGAGCCAUUUUGCCGGGGCCCUAUCAUACAGAGACCUCAUCAAGGUGCUGAAAUGGUAUGUGGACCGCAUCAUCGAUGCUGAACAUCAGGACCAUUUUCAGCAAGUCCUCAAGGCGACGGAGUACAUCUUCAAGUACAUCAUCCAGUCGCGGCGUCUCUUCUCCUUGGCGACGGGCGGCCAGAACGAGGACGAGUUCCGCUGCUGCAUGCGCGAGCUCUUCUACUCCAUACGCUUCUUCCUGUCCCAGGAGAGCAAGGGCUCCAUGCCCGUAGCACACACACAGGCGGUGUUCCUCCGAACGUUCCCGGCCGUGUAUGGCGAGCUGCUCAAGCUCUUCUCUGUGAGGGAGGUGGCCACGUUCGUGCACGACACCCUAGGGAGCCUGCCCACCACGCCCAACCCGGAGUGCCCCCUAGAGGCCAUCAAGCUGCAGUGCAUCGCCAGGACGGUGGAGAGUCAGCUCUAUACCAACCCUGAGUCGAGGUGUAUUCUGCUGCCCGUGGUGCUGAGGCUGCUUCAUGGCCACAUGCAGGAGCAGAGGGAGCUAGUCAUGUGCGCUAGCAUCCUCACUAGCAUGCUGUCGCUCAUCAAGAAGGAGGACACGGACGCAACUCUGUCUGAGGAGGUGGAUCUGAUCGUGGAGAAGCUGCUGGGGGUGCUCCUUACGACCAUCCUGGAGAUCACCAACCGACCCCAGCCCUCAGGAAACACACUCCGCCUGCAGUUCCAGGAUGUCACGGGGGAGUUUGUAGGGUGCCUCCUGGCCUUGCUGAGACAGAUGAGUGAUAAGCACUACCAGAAGCUGCUGCAACGCUUCACCAGCAAAGACGACCUGAGGGAUUUCCUGCUGCAGAUCUUCACAGUUUUCCGGAUCCUAAUCCGGCCGGAGAUGUUCCCAAAAGACUGGACGGUCAUGCGACUGGUCACCAACAAUGUUAUCAUCACCACAGUAUUAUACCUCUCCGACGCUUUGAGGAAGGACUUCCUAAACGAUAAGUUUGACUACAAGGUGUGGGACUCGUAUUUCUACCUGUCUGUCAUCUUCAUCAACCAGCCCUGUCUGCAACUGGAGACAUUCUCCCCCUCCAAGAGGAAGAAAGUGCUGGAAAAGUAUGGAGACAUGAGAGUGAUGAUGGGCUGUGAGAUCUUCAGCAUGUGGCAGAAUUUAGGGGAGCACAAGUUGAACUUCAUCCCGGCGAUGAUCGGUCCGUUCCUGGAGGUGACGCUGGUGCCCCAGCCGGACCUGCGGAACGUCAUGAUCCCCAUCUUCCACGACAUGAUGGACUGGGAGCAGCGCCGCAGCGGCAACUUCAAGCAGGUGGAGGCCAAGCUGAUUGACAAGUUGGACAGCCUGAUGUCGGAGGGCAAAGGGGACGAGACGUACCGCGAGCUCUUCAACAGCAUCCUCUUGAAGAAGAUCGAGAGGGAGACGUGGAGGGAGAGCGGCAUCUCUCUCAUCGCCACGGUGACCAGGCUCAUGGAGCGGCUGCUGGACUACAGGGACUGCAUGAAGCUUGGUGAAGUAGAUGGCAAGAAGAUUGGAUGCACUGUCAGCCUCCUGAACUUCUACAAGACGGAGCUUAACAAGGAGGAGAUGUACAUCCGGUACAUCCACAAGCUCUACGACCUGCACCUGAAGGCACAGAACUACACAGAGGCCUCCUAUACCCUGCUGCUGUAUGACGAGCUGCUGGAGUGGUCGGAGCGCCCCCUACGGGAAUUCCUCAACUACCCCAUGCAGUCGGAGUGGCAGCGCAAAGAGUACCUGCAUCUCACCAUCAUCGAGAACUUCGACAGGGGAAAGAGCUGGGAGAAUGGGAUCCUUUUAUGCAGAGAGCUUGCUGAUCAGUAUGAAACCUACUAUGACUACAGAAACCUGAGCAAAAUGAGGAUGAAGGAGGCCUCUCUGUAUGACAAGAUUAUGGACCAGCAGAGACUGGAGCCUGAGUUCUUCAGAGUGGGCUUCUAUGGGAAGAAGUUUCCCUUCUUUUUGAGGAAUAAGGAGUUUGUGUGCCGUGGCCAUGACUACGAGCGCCUGGAGGCAUUUCAGCAGCGCAUGCUCAACGAGUUCCCCCACGCCAUCGCCAUGCAGCACGCCAAUCAGCCCGACCAGACCAUCUAUCAGGCCGAGGCACAGUACCUGCAGAUCUACGCGGUCACCCCCAUCCCCGAGAGCCAGGACGUGCUGCAGAGGGACGGCGUCCCUGACAACAUCAAGAGCUUCUACAAGGUCAACCACAUCUGGAGGUUUCGCUACGACAGACCCUUCCACAAGGGCACCAAGGACAAGGAGAAUGAGUUCAAGAGUCUGUGGGUAGAGCGCACCACCCUGACCCUGGUCCAGAGCCUACCGGGCAUCUCGCGCUGGUUCGAGGUGGAGAAGAGAGAACUGGUGGAGGUGAGCCCACUGGAGAACGCCAUCGAGGUGAUCGAGAACAAGAACCUGCAGCUGCGGACGCUCAUCACCCAGUGCCAGACGCGACAGAUGCAGAACAUCAACCCGCUCACCAUGUGCCUCAACGGGGUCAUCGACGCUGCUGUCAACGGAGGCCUAGCACGCUACCAAGAGGCGUUCUUUGUGAAGGACUACAUUGUGAACCACCCAGAAGACGGUGAUAAGAUUGGGCGACUACGAGAGCUCAUGUUUGAACAGGCGCACAUCCUGGAGUUCGGCCUGGCCGUGCACGAGAAGUUCGUCCCCCAGGACAUGCGGCCGCUGCACAAGAAGCUGGUGGAUCAGUUCCACCUCAUGAAGUCCAGUCUGGGCAUCCAGGAGUUCCCGGCCUAUGUGCGCGCCAGUCCCAUCCAUUUCACCAACGGAAGCCCGCGCACCUGCAGUCGGAACUCCGCCCCCAACAUUAUGUGCCCAGAGGGGGGUCGAGUGGUGGCGCGACGCAGCCCUCUGACCUACCCGGCGGUGAACAGAUACUCGUCGUCCUCGCUGUCGUCUCAGGCCUCCAACGAGGUGAGCAACAUCACGGGCCAAUCGGAGAGCUCCGACGAAGUCUUCAACAUGCAGCCAAGUCCAUCUACCUCGAGCCUCAGCUCCAACCACUCUGCGUCUCCUAAUGUGACCAGCUCUGCUCCCUCCAGCGCUAGAGGUUCUCCUCAGCUGCCGGACAAACACAAGCACUCGCGGGAGAACGCCUGCCUGUCCCCACGGGACCGGCCCUGCAGUGCCAUCUACCCCAACCCCCUGGACCCCACACAGAGGAUGAACACACACCAAAUGGGGGAUUCCACGUUACCGCGCAGUGAACCCAACAUCUCUGCCCCUGACAAAGUGGUCAGGCCUGCUGCGAGUAGCUGGAGUCUCGACUGUGUUAAAGAGGCCAGCACACCACCGCAGCCAGCCUCUGACAGGUUCUUAUGUCCCCCUGUCCCUCCUAGGCCACCGUACUCAGUGGGGUCUCCUGCCAAGAACACUAGAUCGCAGUCCCCCAUCGCAACGUUGCGCUCUCCACAAAAGAACUCUGCGCCUCCCUUCACCCCCUCUCCCACUGAGUGCCAGCCGGCCGGGCUGGUGUCCAACUCGCCAGCGCUGUCCGGCAGCUACAGCAGCGGCAUCUCCUCCCUGAGCCGCUGCAGCGUCUCGGAAGCUUCCGGAACCGAAGGGCCCCCUACCGGACCGGGCUCGGGCUCGGGCUCGGGCUCGGGCCUGGGCCCCCCCGACGGAAACCCGCCGCCUCUGCCCCCCGGCACCCUGCUGCCGAACUCGGCGUCCGAGCGCGGCCUGGACGAGCUGGGCCCGCGGCGUGACAGCAAGACCCCGCCUCCUUACAGCGUCUUCGAGCGCUCCAACUCCAACUCCCGCCGGCCCGUGCCCCUCCCCCACAGCCUCUCCGUGCCCCCCCAGGUGGACCCGCCGGCGCUGCCCCCCAAGCCCCACCAGAUGCGCUGUGCCAAGCCGGACGUCGUCGACCCCCGACGGCCCCCUCCCAUCGAAACCCCCCGGCCCAGGGUCUUGCCCAGGAAGGUGUCUCAGCUCUAGGAGACUCUGGGAGCAAAGAAAAGAUUUAAAAAGAAAAAAAAAUAAACAAAAAUAGUUGCCAUUUUUUUGCACUUUCAAAAAGAAAAAUGAUUGAGAACUCUUUUAGAUUCACAUCUUUUAGAUCUCGAAACGUUUCCCCCCCCCCCCUCCCACCGAGAUCACCUGAUAAAACUGGACCCAUUGAGAAGUACACACAUUCAAGGAAACUAAACACAGCAAAAUCAUAGUGAUCAGGCUGCACAAUGCUGCACUUUUAGCUGUUGGACACCAAGUAACACCAAGCAAACGUUCAAACUGCAUCCAGUAUUUUUUUUUUUUUUUAAUUAGAGCAGUCAAGAACCAAGAAAAAUAAAUUGGCUUUUCAAGUAGGUGUUAAAAUCCCAAUGUGUGUACAUAUUAGUGAGUUUUCAGACAAAUGUUUUGCCUUAAGUGUCAGACGCAGUCCUUUGAUUGACCGAACAAUGCACGUCUCCGCGUCGGCUGUAGUUUUUGUCUGGUUUCUAAUGGUGCUAGCGGACAGUACUCUCGUAUUCAUUCCUGCACAGGAACACUUGCCUGACUUGAUAGUCCACUAAAGCUAUUUUAGGCCUCUCUUCUAUCCCUUAAGACUACAGUUUUUAUGAUCACAUCAGUAACACAGUGCGAUGGGGCUUUCAAAUUGGGAUUUUUUUUGCCACCACAACAAAAUGUCUUGCAACUUGGAGUAGGAACAAGGCCUCUUAACCCGUAAAAUUAUUUUUUCCCCAUCUCAAGUUUUGAGUAGCACGGCGGGGGCAAUCAUGCCUGUUCUCGUUUCUCUUCUAAUCACAGAAAAAUCUCCAGAACCCCCACCACUCUCCCCUCACACAUUAUGAAAGUCUGCCUCUUGCUUUAGUCGCAUGCUGUGGGACAUGGAAAUGGACUCGAUGGAAGAUCUGCUGGACUCUCGUGCCAAAGGAAUGGAACAUGCAGUGGUGGAACUGGUGAAGAUAAGGUGAACUGAAAGAAGCAGGUCUGUGUGUGUGUGUGUGUGUGCGUGUGUGCGUGUGUGUGUGUGUGUGCGUGCGCAUGUGUGUGCGCGUGCCCGUGCGUGUGUGUGUGUGGUAUAUAUGCAUAUGUGUGUGUUGGCACAUGCACUUGUGCAUUGAAGAGAGAGAAUGCAGACUUGUCCUUGGCCUUAGAGUAGCUGGAUAAGAAGCUGAUGACUAUUUGAUUUAUUUCUCAUUUUUUUAACGAUUCAACUAAUUUCAAUGUUGCUGUUAUUUUAUGAUACUUGGGAUCAAAAUGAGCACAAAUCGGAUAAUGGCUAUUACCCGUCUUGCCCCCUUUCAACUCUUCUCUUUCUUUUUAUCUAUCUCUCUCUUCUCUCUCUCCCUCUCUCUCUCUCCAUCUCUCUUCUCUCUCUCACUCUCUUACUCACACAGCUUUUAUGGGUGUACACUGUAACCAUUGCACAGCAUGUUUCACAGUACUUGCAGCCGUUAUGUUUUUAACCCACUGCCAGAACUCUAAAAACAGUGGGCUGCCACUCUGGCUGAUAAUAAUUCAUUCAGAACAUGAAUUCCUUAGCAGUGAUCCAGCUGUGCGUACGUUAAGUCUACUCUGGUCACUUCUGAUGUUUAGCUAAACAGUUCACCUCGUCAGUGUCAGUUGUUUUACAGUGUCCAUUAAAGUCCAUUACUUGGGGGCUCGUCUGGGAUUUCAUAUGUCAGUGUAAUUGCUGUUCUGUACAACUGUUCUGUACAUUUGUAGAGGAACAUACUGAUAACUAAACUCAAUUCCAUCAUUUUGUUUUGUUUGUUUGCAUUUUAAGAAAUUAACUGGAGUAUGAUUUCAAUGAGUAAUUUUUGUAUGGUAAUAUUUUUUUUUCCAAAUUUACAUUUGUUGUGAAUUUUUGGAUUAAAUAUUCACAUGAAAUCAGUACUUGAGAAAUUGUAAAUUAUAUAAUGAAGUCGUUGUAUGUAAGUAUGCCAAAUACUGUACCUUGUCUAUUAAAAGUAUUGUACAUAUUGUGUUUUUAACAAACUGUAGUUAUAACAAAUUUACAGCUUUGAAUGUGGAAACAGCAAAUUAUAAUUAUAAAUGUCAAAUAUUUAUGUUUUGUGAGUGUAGAGGAACAGAGGUAAUUCCAAUGUACACCUUACUCAUUUGCAUUCUAAAAUAACUACCCUGUGGAAUA